UUUUUUCUAGUCAUGACAUUUCUCCUCUCUUUCUUAACCGUUUCAAUUUUGACAGUUUAUUAAAACGAAAAAAAUAGGAAAAUAUAUUGGCCAGCCGAUAAAUUUUUUUUGCAUAUUUUUAAGGAAAAAUUAAUAAAAAUAUCUGUAAAAAAGUAAAGAAAAGAAGAAAAACAACAUUUCCAAUACAACUUUAAAUUAUUAAUAAGGAAAAAUAUGGGAGGAGUAUUAAGUUAUUUUCGUGGUUUACUGGGUUCGCGUGAAAUGCGUAUAUUGAUAUUGGGUCUAGAUGGUGCUGGCAAAACAACAAUAUUGUAUAGACUACAAGUGGGAGAAGUGGUGACCACUAUACCAACGAUUGGUUUUAAUGUGGAACAGGUGACAUAUAAAAAUUUGAAAUUCCAAGUAUGGGAUUUGGGUGGACAGACAAGUAUAAGACCCUACUGGCGUUGUUAUUAUAGCAAUACAGAUGCUAUAAUUUAUGUGGUAGAUUCUGCAGAUCGUGAUAGAAUAGGCAUUUCCAAAGAUGAGCUUUUAUACAUGUUAAGGGAAGAAGAACUUGCCGGUGCCGUUUUGGUAGUAUUAGCCAAUAAACAAGAUAUGGAAGGCUGUAUGACUGUUGCUGAAGUUCAUCAUGCUUUAGGUUUGGAAAAUCUAAAAAAUCGUACUUUCCAAAUUUUCAAAACCUCUGCGACUAAGGGUGAAGGCCUUGAUCAAGCUAUGGAUUGGCUUUCCAAUACUCUACAAAGUCGUAAAUAGUCGUAUUUACUUAACCUCUACUACAUCUCUUUUCCUCCCAUAUAUAGUUCCCCUCUCCAAAAAGAAUGAAAGCAAAAAAAACCUAUACCUUUCGUAUUCAAUUAUGUCAAAGAAAAAAAAAAAAUUAAAUUUUAUUUUGUUUAAUUUCUGUACUCCUGUACAACCUAACGAUUCCUUCUACAUUUUUUGUUUGUAAUUUUAAGUAAUUAUAAAUAUGCAAUUAAAAAACAACAACAAAAUCAUAAACAAGUUUAUAAUAAAAACCUGUAUUUGUCUUGUGGUGUCCUUUCUGUUAUGGCGAAACACUUUAUACGUUGAAGAAAGCCCUAAACACUUUUAUACCCCUCACUCUCCUCCCCUUUUAAGAUUUUAGUAUUUCAUAGAAAACUUUUUUUAUACUUAAAUUUAGUAAAACAUAUAAGAAAGUAAUACAAUAAAUUUAAUAUUAGAGUAAUUAUAAUAAAAAAGUUGACGUUUGUGAACAGGUA